AUGGCAGAAUCGGACAAUGGUUGGAAAUUUGCUCAGUGCUUCGGUGACAAGGGCGAGGUCGAGGACAUUACAGAAGCUGACAUUAUCUCGACCGUGGAGUUUGACCACACUGGCGAUUACCUUGCUACUGGAGACAAAGGUGGACGAGUUGUGUUAUUUGAACGUAAUGACGGAAAAAAAGGUUGCGAGUACAAAUUUUACACCGAGUUUCAAUCGCACGAACCCGAAUUCGAUUAUUUGAAGAGUUUGGAAAUAGAAGAAAAGAUAAACAAGAUCAAAUGGUGCAGACGACAGAAUGCUGCGCAUUUUUUAUUGUCCACGAAUGAUAAAACCAUUAAACUCUGGAAAGUUUUCGAGAAAUCCUUGAAGGUGGUUGCCGAAAAUAACUUGAACGAUGGUUUACGACCUCAAAACGGAAAGAUCCAACAGCUGAGACUACCAAAACUCACACAUCAUGACACGAUUAUUGCAGCUGUUCCUCGCAAAGUAUAUGCUAAUGCUCACGCCUAUCAUAUUAAUUCCAUAUCCAUUAAUUCUGACGGUGAAACUUAUAUAUCUGCGGACGAUCUAAGAAUCAACCUUUGGAAUUUAAACAUCAGCGAUCAAAGCUUUAGUAUCCUUUGUGAUUCCGUUGACAUCGUUGACAUCAAGCCGGUAAAUAUGGAAGAACUCACCGAGGUCAUCACUGCCGCUGAGUUCCAUCCUGUUCAUUGUAAUCUCUUUAUGUACAGUAGUAGUAAAGGAACUAUAAAAUUGAGUGAUAUGAGAGCGGCGGCUUUAUGUGAUCGGCAUGCGAAGUUGUUUGAAGAACAGGAAGAUCCUGCAAAUAAGUCAUUUUUUUCAGAAAUUAUUUCAUCUAUUUCUGACGUUAAAUUCAGUAAAGAUGGGCGGUACAUUCUCUCGCGUGAUUAUUUAACUCUUAAGAUUUGGGAUAUAACCAUGGAAAAUAGGCCUCUAAAGACAAUCAACAUUCACGAUCAUUUGAGAAACAAACUUUGCGAUCUUUACGAAAAUGAUUGUAUCUUUGACAAGUUCGAGUGUACAUUCAGCGGAGAUGGCCAAAAUGUCUUAACUGGAUCAUACAAUAACUACUUCCAUAUUUAUGACCGAGAAGGUUUAACUGAUAUUUCGCUGCAGGCCGAUAAAAGUGCGUUUAAGGCAAAACGCAUCGGCGCAUCAAAGAGCAAGUUGAUCUCACGUGCGAAGAAUAUCAAAAAGGAAGAAAUUAACUUGGAAGCCAUUGAUUUCAAUAAGAAGAUUCUUCACGCUUCAUGGCAUCCAAAUGAAAAUUCGAUUGCUGUGGCCGCCACUAACAAUUUAUUCAUUUUUAC